GUGGUAGCAACCGCAAAUAACUCUUCAAACCCCAAACUUCUCUCUCUCUCUCUCUCUCUCUUUCUCUCUUUCUAUCUUUCUCUAUCUCAAUCUCUCUAUCACUAAUGGCUGACACGAAGGUCCAAUCCCCUGAAACAACGGCGGUUGAGGAUAACAAACGAAUAACCUCAUCAUCCCCCACGCCGCCGCCGCCACCGCCACCAUCAUCUCACUGGAUGGGGAUGAGAUACCCUUCACCGAUGGUGAUGCCUCACCAGAUGAUGUAUGCGCCGUCUCCUUACUCUCCUUAUCCUUUUCCUUAUCAUCAUCAUCAUCACCAUCACCAGUCUCGUGGUGGUGGUAACAAACAUCAAAACGCUUCGAACGCUGAGAAUAAGACUAUUUGGAUCGGUGAUUUGCUUCACUGGAUGGAUGAGAGUUACCUUAAUUCUUGCUUCUCUUCCGCUGGAGAGAUGUCGUCGGUGAAGGUGAUCAGGAACAAGCACACUGGCUUGUCCGAGGGAUAUGGAUUCGUGGAAUUUGAGUCCCACGAUGUUGCUGAGAAGGUGUUACAGGAUUUUAAUGGAGUAACUAUGCUUAAGUCUGACCAGCCUUACCGUCUAAACUGGGCUAGUUUUAGCUCUGGUGAAAAACGCUCAGAGAAUGGUCCUGACCACUCUAUAUUCGUGGGUGACUUAGCGCCAGAAGUCACUGAUGAUUUGUUGCUUAAAACGUUCGUUGAUAAAUACCCAUCUGUCAAGGCUGCGAAAGUUGUCAUAGAUGGCAGUACUGGUCGAUCAAAGGGGUAUGGCUUUGUGAGAUUUGGAGAUGAUAGUGAGAGGAGCAAAGCUAUGUCGGAGAUGAAUGGUGUGAAGUGUUGUAGCAGGGCUAUGCGAAUCGGUGCCGCCACUCCUAGGAAACCUAAUGGUUACCAUCAUCAAGGUGGGUAUAUGUUAAAUGGUGGUGCUGCUCCUCCACGUGAUGGGGACUCAUUGAACACAACAAUAUUUGUUGGAGGACUUGACGCUAAUGUCACUGACGAAGAUCUUAGACAGCCAUUUGCUGGUUAUGGUGAGAUAGUAUCUGUCAAGAUACCAGUUGGGAAAGGAUGUGGGUUCAUUCAGUUUGUGAACAGAGAAAAUGCAGAGGAGGCUUUGGAGAAGCUAAAUGGUUCUGUAAUUGGAAAACAAACCGUUCGUCUUUCUUGGGGUCGUAAUCAAGGCAAUAAACAGCCUCGAGGUGGGUAUGGAGACCAAUGGGUUGAACCGUUCUACAGAGGACAAUACUACAAUGGUUAUGGAUACAUGAUGGCACCACCUAUUGACCCGAGAAUGUAUGGUGGUGCACCUUAUGGAGGUUAUCCUAUGUACGGAGGUCAUCAGCAGCAGCAGCAACAACAGCAACAAGUAAGCUGAGAGAAGAAGAAUAAAAGAAGUGAAGGUAGGUUAUGAGACUAAAAUUGUCUUAUUCUUAUCUGUCUCUUUGGUUUUAGAUCCUGAGCAGCGAAUUUUGAUGGAACUGUAGUGCUACUUAUUUCUAUUUUAGGGAUUUUGAUUGGAUUUAUUUAUUUUAUUUGACUCUCAGAUUUUUAAUGCUAUGGAUCUUAAUUGAUUGUUCUUUGGGGGAUUUGAUAAGUCUGCCUUUUUAGAUAUAUCUUACGACUAGAUUCAUAAAAUUAAAAUCAUGAUUUAUGACCUAGUCCAUCCUUCAAAAACUAUUAGCUAUACUAUUUAUGAUUUUCUAUAGGCUUCCGAAACACCUUGGUUUUUCUAUAGG